ACCCUGGUCAAACAGCUGGACACCAUCCUCUGCACCUUGAAUGACAUUUUGAAUGAGAGCAGUAAGCUGCUGUGGGAGCUGCGUCAGGACGCCGCAGCCUGCCUGGGUCUGCUCUGCACCGUGCUGAGCUACGAGGCCGAGCGCAUCUUCAAGUGGCUCUUCAUCAAGUUCACCACGGGCAGCCGGGACGAGGUGAAGCUGCUGUACCUGGUGGCAGCGCAGCGCGCCCUGGAGGCCGCCGGGGAGAGGAAGGCCUUCUCUCACGUCAUGCAGCUGGUGAUGAGCAACCUGCAGUCCAUCCUGGAGAACGUGGACACUCCGGAGCUGCUCUGUCACAGCGUGAAGUGUAUCCUGCAGGUGGCGCGCUGCUACCCGCAUGUCUUCAGCACCAAUUUCAGAGACACAGUGGACAUCUUGGUGGGAUGGCACAUUGAUCACACACAGAAACACUCACUCACUCAGCAGGUUUCAGGUCAGUGGGGUUUUAUCAUUUGCACUAAACUUGUUUUGGUGUUCAAACUUUGA